GUAAAACGCGACGCAGGAGCGCUCUCCCUCUCUUUUCCCUCCCCGCUCUCCUCCCCCGCUCUUCGAAAGAAGUUAGAGAGAGAAAGAGAAGAGGAAGGAGAGGGAUGGGAACGAGAGGAGCGGGAGGUGCCGCCGCCUCCUCCUCGGGCGGCGGCGGCGGCGGCAGCGUCUCCUUCCUCGGGACGAAGAUCUCCAACGAUCUCGCGCGUCUACUCCGAGGAGCGUGUAACCUAUUCCCCGAGCAAGUAGGGCACAUACUGCGAUCGCUCCGGGCGAAGACGAUCGCGCCGCUGCUCCGCGUCGCCAUCGCCGCGUGCUUGAUCAUGUCGGUGAUGCUCCUGAUCGAGGCCGUCUCCAUGGCCGCCGUUAGCCUCGCCGUCAAGAUCCUCCGCCGACGCCCCGAGAAGCGGUACAGGUGGGAGCCGAUCGCGGGCGAUGAGGAGGAGGGGAGCCUCGCGUACCCGAUGGUCCUCGUCCAGAUCCCCAUGUUCAACGAGAAGAAGGUGUACAAGCUCUCUAUCGGUGCGGCAUGUGAGCUCGCGUGGCCGUCGGAUCGGAUGAUCAUCCAGGUUCUUGAUGAUUCCACGGAUUCGACGAUUAAGGAUUUGGUGGAGCUUGAAUGCAAGCUUUGGGCUAGCAAAGGCAUGAAUAUUUUCUAUGAAGUUAGAGACAAUAGGAAAGGGUAUAAAGCAGGUGCCUUGAAAGAAGGAAUGGAGCAUAGUUAUGUCCGACAAUGUGACUUUGUUGUGAUAUUUGAUGCUGAUUUCCAGCCAGAAUCGGACUUUCUUAACAGAACUAUCCCAUUUCUCUUGCACAAUUCAGAUGUUGCUCUAGUUCAAGCACGAUGGGAGUUUGUGAAUUUCAAGGAAUGCCUGAUGACAAGGAUACAAAAGAUGACCCUAGAUUAUCAUUUCAAAGUAGAGCAAGAGGCAGGUUCAUCCACCUUCGCCUUCUUCGGAUUCAAUGGAACUGCUGGUGUUUGGAGAAUUUCUGCCAUAAAUGAAGCUGGAGGCUGGAAAGAUCGAACCACUGUGGAGGACAUGGAUUUGGCUGUACGUGCAAGUCUUAAAGGAUGGAAAUUUGUAUAUAUUGGCGACAUCAAGGUCAAAAGCGAACUGCCAAGUAUUUUCAAGGCAUACCGUCAUCAGCAGCAUAGGUGGACUUGUGGAGCCGCAAAUCUAUUCAGAAAAAUGGGAAUGGAGAUACUAACAACGAAGGAAUUAUCGAUUUGGAAGAAGCUUUAUCUGCUCUACAAUUUUUUCUUCGUAAGGAAGGUUAUAGCCCAUGUGGUUACCUUUUACCUCUACUGUGUUCUGGUUCCUGUAUCAGUCAUGGUUCCAGAGGUCAAUAUUCCAGUGUGGGGAGUCGUUUAUAUUCCAACUGCUAUUACUCUUCUCAAUGCCAUUAGGAAUCCAAGGUCCAUCCAUCUUCUGCCCUUAUGGGUUCUGUUUGAGAAUGUGAUGUCUAUGCACCGGAUGAAAGCGACUAUAAUGGGUCUUUUGGAGGUUGGAAGUGUAAAUGAGUGGGUUGUGACAGAGAAGCUGGGAGAUGCUUACAGGGCAAAGCUGGACGUGCCGCUACUUGAGAAGCAUUCAACCAGAUUAAGAGACAGAUUUACCUUCUCGGAAAUUGGAUUUGCAACUUUUCUCUUCUUUUGUGCGUGCUACGACAUUGCCUUUGCAGGGAAAUAUUAUUACGUAUACAUCUUCCUCCAGUCUAUAGCAUUUUUGGUUGUUGGAUUUGGCUAUGUCGGCACAUUCAUAUCCGACUUGUAGCAUAUGCCUCCUAAUAACUUGAUAACUACUGACAUUUAUUCUAUUUUGAGAGCAUUCGGAUCAUAUUAGUGAGAGGGAAAACUCUUCAGAUGGAUAUCUCAAGUUGAAAAAAUUAUUUGACUCCAUGGGGGCCAGAAAUAAAUAUUGCUCGACAAAAGGGCCGUUUUUUUAAAAGGCUUUCUCCUUAGUUCAGUUUCCUAUUUCAGUUAAGAGGAGUUUAAUCGUCAUCUUUCAUAGAAGCAGAAUCCGAGUGAGAGACAAGGGAUUUAAUUAUGUGGAGGCUUUGAAAAACUAAAGUAUUUAUGUUAUUUGUUGCUUUACUCCUGUAAGCUUCAAUUUUUAAUGGUACCUAUAUGUUUUUUCAGCUGUGGUAGCUAAUCAAUGCUGAAUGUUUAUUGUCUGGGAAGUUCACCUAAAACGUGUAAGGAUUACUGUAUUCGGUUAUUAUGUGAUAACUACCUUUGUUAGUUGACGCAUAAUCUCUUCUAUUAUCAGUCGACCCAUGUUGUUUUUUCCA